CAAUGAGUACGGUUGUUGCUAUAUAUACCAAACUCAUCUCACACCUUUUUCCUCGGUUCAAACUAGAUUAUAAAAAAAGCUUCAUAAAUUUUCCACAUAGAAAAAGCUAUUAGUAUGGGAAAUAGCUUAAGGUGUUGUUUGGCUUGUGUUCUUCCUUGUGGAGCACUAGAUUUAAUCCGAAUAGUGCAUUUGAAUGGCUGUGUAGAUGAGAUUACACAUUCAAUCACAGCAGGAGAAGUUCUCAAAGCUAACCCUAACCAUGUUCUAAGCAAACCAAGCUCUCAAGGCGUUGUUCGCCGGAUUUUGAUUGUUUCGCCGGAGACCGAGCUCAAGAGAGGCAGCAUUUACUUCUUGAUCCCGACAACGUCUUUACCGGAGAAGAAACGAAGCGGAUCCGUUGUCAAUGACUCUAACCUCAACAAGAGAACGUCGAGAUCUUCAAAGAAAAGAAACAGUAAGUGUAACAACGAUGAAGAUAAAGAUGAAAGUGGUGAUACUAGUCAUUUUUACUCAUCAACAUCACAAUUACAAUAUAUGGAGAAGAAAUCAUCGCGACGAGAUCGUAAGAAAGGUCGUGUUGGAAUAUGGCAGCCUCAUUUAACAAGUAUUUCAGAAGAUUAAAAUAAUCUUUUGAAUUUUCGAUCAAUAUCAUGAUCACGUUUAGACAUGUCGAUCAUGACAUUGGUCGAAGAAGAGAAGAAGAAUCAUUAAUUAAAUUAAUGAUUCAGUUAUUGAGUUAUAGCAAAGUUUUUUUUUUUUAAUUUCUAUUGUUUUAUAAGUGUAUGUGAGGAUUUAUUUUGUGGAUAAAAUUAUUUUACCUUGCUUCUCGAA